AAAGGGAAGCUGGGCUGCACUGAGGCUGGUUUCUUUGCACAUACAGACAGACAGAGAGAGAGACAGAGAGAGAAAGAGAAAGCUCGUCCAGCAGUGACAGCUCGAAGCCUCCUGUCCUUGGAGCGUUUGCCCUUCUCGUUUCUCUGCAACUUCGUGCACUGUGUGCGCUCCACCACCCCCAUCCCACCGCCCACGGAAGUUUUAUGAGGUUUCAUAACUUCUCCUCGCCCUGCAGCAUGGCUGGUAUGUGCACAGCCGUGGAGUUCUCUCCUGAAUUUGAAACGGACGAUUCCAGCCAGAAUUCUGAAAAGGAUUACGAGGGUGAUGAUAAAAAACUCAGGCGAAGAGAAAAGAACCGGAUCGCAGCCCAGAAAAGUCGCCAGAAACAGACACAGAGGGCGGACAGUUUACACCAGGAGUACGAGCAACUGGAAAGAGAAAAUGCCUCGCUGAAGAAGGAGAUCCAGAGCCUGAGGGAUGAGCUGAAGCAGUGGAACCAGGUUGUACAGCAGCACGAGCCACAGUGUGCCAUGCUGACUGCGACCAGCGCUCCGCUCAUCAGCAAACAGCAGGUCGAUGUGACAGACUUUCUACCUGAAGACUGGCGGGAAGCCGAGCUCCUGACGUACUAGACUGCAAUGCCAGAGAGUACUGCAUACUUUCAGCGAGCGGGCACAGUUCAGUAGCAAGUGGGCUCCAGUGCACUCGACUCUGACUGCCUUGUCGUGCCCCCAUCUUUAAGGACUUGACGUACGAGCUUAACAAUGCUGGGCCCGGGCACCCUGAGAUUGCAAGAAGAACUUGCAUUUAUAUAGCGACUUUCACAGCCUUAGGACGUUCCAAAGCGCUUUACAACCAUAGUUGUACUUUUAGAAGUUACAAUGUGGGAUUGUGUUUCUGUAGUCUGGUGAUAUUGUCGCUCCAGCACGAUUGUUUUGGACUAUUUCCAAAGCCCUUUGGUGAGGAAAAGCAGAUUGCAUGAAUUGUAUGGAUGUGUACGUGUGUGUUUGUGUGUGUGUGUGUGUUUUAAACUGUGUAUUGGCUGUAAAGUGAAACCUUUUUUGUCUCUCCACUCUGAAGAGACCCAACAGUGAGUCCAUGCUUUGCUAACGGCUCAAUGAGGGGAGGAAGCGGUUCAGAGCUCGGGAAGUGGUUUGCGUCUCCCCAGAUGAGAGUGUCCAAUCCUCGGCUUGCCUCGAGCUCAUCAGCCCUGAGAGAGUCGACUUCCUCUGCCUUAACUACUAGUUCACUACCUUGCCUCAAAUGUGCUGUCUUUUUUUUUAAUUCCAAAAAUCCAAUUGCACAUAUUGUUUGAGUUGCAGGCGUGAGUGCACUUUUUAGAUGGAUAGCAAACUGCCUGUAUAGAGCUUGAGUUUGCUGUUGUGGACCUAAGGGAGCUUAAAAUGGUGUGAGCCAGGUGAUGUCAGGAAGCACUUCUUCACACAAAUGGGAAUCUGGAAUUCCCUCCACCAUAAAACUUUGGAUGUUGGCAGCCAAUUGAAAAUCUCAAAACCGAGAUUCAUAGAUUUUUUUUUUCCCUUUUAUGGAACCAAGGGGAUCAGCUAAGA